UCGUACUCGUUAAUUUUGGUAUUCGUUGUAAUUAAGAUUUAGUACGUCCACUGUCCCAAUAUUGUCAACAUGUAUCGAGUUAUCUUCUCCCUAUUUCUAGUUGGAGUUGUGGUGAUUAAAAACAAUCGGGCGGAAAAAUUACAGAUACCAUCGAUUCUCAAGAUAUGUAACAGAAGUCAUCCACAUCUGAACGAGUGCAUUAAAUACAGUGUCGACUCCCUCAAGCCCUAUCUCAAGAAAGGAAUACCUGAAUUCAGUAUUCCCCCUUGUGAACCCCUUUACGUGCCCCAGGUGGAGAUCAGCCAGGCUGCAGGACCUGUAUCAAUUAGCUCUAAUUACUCCAACAUCCGAAUCGCAGGGGGAUCGGAUUUCAACCUCAAGAGUGUCAAGAUUGAUGCCGAUAACGAUCGGAUUCGUCUGAAGCUCUACAUUCCUCGAUUGUCAAUGGUAUCAGACUACAACAUGUCAGGACAAAUCCUGAUGCUGCCAAUCACCGGUCACGGCCAAGCACGUGGUAAUUUCACUGAUAUCGACGCGAUUGUGACGAUUCAGGGGGAACGUUAUCAAGGCGACGAUCUGACGGAGACAUAUUUUCGAGUUCUCGAUUGCUACUGCGAUUUUGAAGUUGGCCAUGCUAGCAUGUACCUCGAGAACCUCUUCAACGGCGAGGAGACACUCGCCGACACGAUGAAUCUUUUUUUGAAUGACAAUUGGCGGGCAGUAGCUGCCGAGAUUAAACCGGCGCUCGAAGAGACUGUCGGCAAUAUGUUUAAAAAAUUUUCCAACAAAAUUUACUCAAAGUACCCACUCGAUCAACUUCUACCCCCCUAAUCGAUGUCGCCAGAGUGAAAUGAUGUUCCUAUUCCGUAGCAAAGUGACGAAACGAAAAAUAAAUUUAUUUGAAUUAA